GGGGAGCGGGGAGCGCAGCCCGUAGACCCGAGCGCCGGGCCAUCGCUGGGAACCCCUCCCUCUCCCCGCGCCGCCUCCAGCGCGAGUGACAACGCGCCCUCCAGGCUCGGGAGCAGCCGCGUGCCGAACAAUCCCGGGCAGGGCUCGCCUCGCUGGUGACAUCACUGCCGAAGAUACUCCCCGCUCUCUCAGUGCCUGCCUUCACGAGGCGUCCGUCCGUUUGUCCGUUUCCUUCCAUCCGCUGCUGGAGAGGGCUCAGCGCUGCCGGGGACAGAGCCGGGCACCGAGGAGCGACAGGACCCGGAGGAGGAGGGAGAGCAAAGGCAGCGAGGGAAGGAGGACCCCGGCAGGCGACAGCAUGAAAUUCAGCCCAGCGCACUACUUGCUGCCUCUCCUGCCAGCGCUGGUCCUCAGCACCAGACAGGACUAUGAAGAUCUAGAAAAGCAGCUGAAAGAAGUCUUUAAGGAGCGAAGCAACAUCCUCCAUCAGCUGACAAAGACAUCAAGAGAACUUGAUGGAAUUAAAGUCAACCUUCAGUCUUUGAAAAACGAUGAGAAAACUUCCAAAACUGAUGUUCAGAAGCUUCUGGAAAUAGGUCAGAGACAAAGAGAACAAAUGAAGUCUCUCCAGGAGGUCCUGCAAAAUCAACUUAAAGAGACAUCUGAGAAAGCAGAAAAACAACAAGCUACUAUUAAUUUUUUAAAGACUGAAAUGGAAAGAAAGAGCAAAAUGAUCCGAGAUCUCCAGAAUGAGAAUAAAAGCUUGAAGAACAAACUCUUGUCAGGAAACAAGCUGUGUGGCAUCCAUGCAGAAGAGUCAAAAAAAAUCCAAGCCCAGCUGAAGGAGCUUCGUUAUGGGAAGAAGGAUUUAUUAUUUAAGGCCCAACAACUUACUGAUCUGGAACGAAAAUUAGCUGUGGCCAAAAUUGAGCUGGAGAAAGCAGCUCUUGACCGGGACUCACAGCUGAAAGCAAUGAAAGAGACUGUCCAUCUCUGCCUGUCAACUGUGUUCCGUAAUCAACCGCCUCCCCCUUUGAGUCUAGCCAGGACAAAUCCAACUCAGAUGUCAGUUCCCCCUGGGACAAUUGACAGUAUGAUUCCUGAUGCAAGGACAAAAAUCAAGCCUCAACAAACCUUUACUGGAAGCAAUGAGAGCUCUCAAAUUGAGACAACAAAGGAAGAAAAUCUGAACACUACUGAGUGCAAUCCUCUAAGUCUUUUACAAGAGGGCAGGACCUGUUCAAUGAAGCACAAAGACAAUCACCCAACCAAUGCUACAGUAGAGCCAGUGACUACCCCACAGAAAUUGCAAAUCCUUCCUUGUACUGAAUGUGAGGUGAAGAAAAACCCGGAAAAACAAUUGACCAACUUUGAAGGGAGGGCAACUAGAGAAGAAAAAAUACUGUUAUUUGUCCUUGCUUUUUUCUCUGAAAGAUAUAUCUAUGGGCCUGUGGCUGUGACUUCUAGAAAAGUAGAUGUAGCAUUUCUGGAUGAAUUUUGGAAUGCUGCUCGAUGUGAUAGACACAAUUCACCUGGCAUAGAGGAAAUUGAAGUAGAAAAAUGUUAAUUGCAUUGCCCAAGAUGUCACGGGAAGAAGGAGAGGUUGCAUACAGACCUGGCAGUGAGUUGCUGGAAUCCCCUGUGCUUCACCCCAUUACCACAUUGCGUCUCCUCAAAGGCCAGAGUCCUGCCUUCUUGGAACUUACGGUUUAGAAGAAGAGACAUCACUAAUGAAGGAAACACACAGAUAAAUGCAUGACUGUCUAGGACAGGAACAUUGUUCCUUUUUCCCCUUCAAGUUUUUUCAUCUGGUUUAAGAAUUAAAUUGACACGAGACAGAUGAACAGGAAUAAAAAAAUAAAUAAAAACACCAAAAUUUUAUUACAUGUGCAUAAUGAAAUUGAAUCCUAGAGAAAUCGCCAAAGCAGGCAGUUUUUAUACUUUCUUAGACAAAGAGACAAUAAAUCUGUGAGAAAUUGACAGAACAAGGAAAACUUAAUUUUGAAAGCUGCAGUUAAUAAGGAAUUUUAAACAGAAUUAGGACUGGGGUAGUAAAUUAGUAGAAAAUAACAAGGGAUGUUUAUACAGCCUUUAUGGGUCUGAAUUUCUUAUCUCUGGUGAUGAGGAUUUUCUUUACCUCCUGGUACAAGGAGGGUAACUUUCACAUGAGAGAUUUAUAUCUCAUUUUCUGGAGACAGAGUGGGGGAGGGUCAUAGGAUGCAUUUUGCAUUGCUAUUUCUUAAGAACUUUCAUUUAAAACCAUCAGUAUACCAAAGUGGCACAUUUUGGGGUAGCCAGCACUUGGCCCCUAAAAUUGCUAUGAAAACAAAACAAAACAAGACAGGGUCCUCUUGACUGCAUGACACAAGGCAGGGAGCAGCAUGUGAACGUAUCUUGUAUGUGUGAAGUCUCCACCGAGAGAAUUCUAUUAAACAGAUUAAUGAAUAUAUAAUAUUUUGCGUGGAUGUCCAAAGCUUCAAACGUAAUUUUUUUUGUUGUUCCUAGAUACUAGCUAACAAUAUUUUAAAGAGGAUAUUUGAGUUGAAAUAACUAGAGAGUUGUGAAUUAGUGCUUUUCAAAAAACAAAAGCAUCCUAUGGGAAAAUUGCCAAUGCUUUCUAUUCCCUGAAGUCUAGGACAUAGGAGUCUUUUAGGUAUAGAUGACAAUGAAAUGUGGAUUUCUUCCAUGAAAAACUUCCAAACAGGUUUCUUCUGUUUUCUGUCACAAAAAUAGAAAUUUUAUUUCUCAGCCUUAUACUUGAGGUAGUGCCUCCCUGCACGCUCCUCAGAAGAGCCAUACAUUUGCUAGCACAAUGAUUGACCCACGGUGUCUGUAUGGUACUUCUCUAGUGCUGUGAUGCCAUUUGCAUCAGAAGUAAUUGUGGUGUGUAUGUUUUCCCCCUUUCCCCACUCCUAAAUUCCUUAAUUCCUUUGAGAACACCAUUUCACUUCAUGUCAUAGGGAUACUGACAUCCUGGGAAGGUCAUAAAUGCAAUAUAUUUGUUCCUAGAACAAAUCAGACUCUAUUUGGGGCUCCAGGAAGAAGCAGUUAACCUGUGCACUUGAUUAACUGACGAAUGAACAUACAUUCACAGGCCAUAUUUCUACCGAGGGUGAGAAGAAAAAAGAGUAAUCUGUAGUGGGUCAUGCCCUUUUUCUGACUCUGGCUUAUAUUUACCACUUUUUCAUGAUAAAGUGCCCAUUGAAAUUAAGUCAAGAGAUGGAUAUUCAGCAGAAAGUCCCAGCUGGAAUUUAGAAGAUGCAGCAGAAUUGAGCAGAAGAUGAACACUCCUAAUAAGUUCCUGUUAAAUUAGCAUCGUGUUCAAAAUGAUAAGUUGGUGCUUUUUACCCUGCAAAUUUCUGUUUUAUUCUUUAUACUUCUUCAGUCUUGAUCCCAAAGUUUAAAGAUUUGGGGGCUGGAAAUCCCCAAAGCUGCUCCUCAAGUCUUUCCUUGGAAUAAUGUGUCAAGUAUGUAAAUCUUAAUGUCUGCUUGGCAGAAAGUUCACAACUUUUUAAAUGGUCAUGUUUCCAACAUGAGUAAAAUGAGAUGCUGACGAUUUGCUUAUGAAAGCCACUGGGAAUGACUUCAGGUGAUUCUGACUCCAUGAAAAAAGAACAACACAAUAUGGUAAGAGGAACAGGUAAUGAAGAGCGCGUUUUAAAUCUAUUCUUUAAGUCCCUGACAUAGAUCCUUCUUAAGUAGAUGUGGCAUAAAUAAAAUUGAAUAUAUUUA